UGCGUUAAAUGGUUCGUUUCCAUAGUGACAGUACAGAACGUAAAUAAAGCGCUGUAAAAGCUAAGGACAAAAACUAAUAUAAAGUUUAUUUUUCCUUUGGGUCAAAACUGUAAGCAAUGCCUAAGAAGAAAGGGAAAAAAGGAAAGAAGGGAAAAGGCAAAGGAAACAAGAAUGGCAAGCAGGAGUCUAAGGUUGACAAGGAGUCGGACAUGGAAAAGGCAAAGGCGAACGCUGCAUUGUGGGAAGCCAGGCUGAACGUGACAGAACAGUCCCGGGCAGAGUACAGAGACGCUGCUCGCAGACUGGCCAGAGCCAACGACGAGCUCACCGGCCAGCGGUCCCGCACAGAGAAGGAUACCGUGGAGGUCAUCGCCUUCCUAAAGAAGAAGGACAUUGGGAAAGAUGAAAUGAUUGCGAAGUUAGAAGAGCAACUCAGAGAAGAAAAACGUAAGGCUAGAGAAGAGAAUGAGCAGCUGGUAAAGGACUACACACAUAAGCUGAAUGAACUGGAAGAAAGAUUCAAAAAAAGAUCCAAUGAGUUCCGUAUGAUCCAGGGAGAGCUGAAGAUGAUCAAGGAGUUCCGCAAGAAGAAAGCUCAGAUGGAAAAGGAGCUUGAUGAUAUAAAGGAGAGCAUGUAUGUUGCAGACAAGAAUCACAAGGAAACCGUGGCAAGAAUGGAACAUAGAUUUUUUAGUGAGAAGCUUCGCCUGGAGAAGGAGGCUGAGCAGAGAAUCAUGCAGCUGGCAGAGAGAGCUCAUAAUGAAGCCAUUGUGCAACUGGAUGAUGCUGCUCGCUCUGUGUUCAAAGAGAAUGUCAGACUUAAUGAAGCACUGAGCUACCACAUAAAAGAAGCAGAAGAAUUAAAGAAAAUGACAGUGGCACUAGCAGAGGAAAAUGACAACCUUGCACAGCAUAAGGAAACCAAUGAGUUACUUGUGCAGGAGAAAGUUGCCCAGCUGAAACAACAGAAGGAAGAAAUAGCGGAGCUGCAGAGGAAGGUAGCUACACUGGAGGAGGCGUUGGGGUUCAUGGCCAGCGAGUUUGAAACUGAGAAGAACAACACCAAGCGGCAGGCUGUGAUUGCUACAGAAGCAGGCCAGGUAGAGAUCAGCAAACUCCAACAUCUUCUCAGCAUGAAGGACCGGGAGAUGAAUCGGGUGAAGAAGCUGGCGAAGAACAUUGUGGAGCAGCGCACAGAGGUGGAGCUUUUCUUCCAGGAGGCUCUGGACCAGGUGAGGAAGGAGAUCCUGGCCAGCCGAGUGCAAUACAGGCAAGCAGCACAGGAUGCCUACCUGAAGAGAAUGCAGGAGGGCCGAGCAGGGAGGCAGGAGUACCCCAAAAUCAGGACCUUCAACAAAAACCAGCAUAGCACUAACAGUGUCUACACUGACCUGGAAGAAGCAGAGAAAUGGGUGAACAUACAUAGCAACAGGGUGGAUAUCUCAGAAUUGACAUGGGAGCAGAAGGAGAAAGUGCUGAGACUACUCUUUGCCAAAAUGAAUGGUCUCAAAACAAGGAUUCAGGACGAGACUCCCAGUGUAACUUUUAUCACCCAGGCUCCAGUGUCCGAACUACCAUCUCAUGCCGGUGUGCUGCCAGAUAUUCAGACUACGUGACACAUACAAGGACUAGAAAAAUAAAAUAUAAAUCUGUCCUUUGAGAAUGCAUUGCAGUCUAAAUCUUCACAAUCUUACUGUACAUGGAAAGUAUUUUCAGGGGAUGACACAUCUUUCAACAUGAAGAAAGAAUGGAAUUUACAAUUAUGUGGAAGGUGAACUACUGAACACUCACCAGCGUUUCCUUUGGCAUUUUCUCUCCUUUAAUAAUAAAGCAGUUUUUCUUUAACCGAAA